AUGCAUGGUAACGGCGCCAACAGCAUAAACGACGAUGAUGAGAGAGGGCGUGGCAAGCUUUUGGCUCCCCUGACGCUGCCCAAGAACCGCAGCACCAGCAACCUCGCCCUCUCAGCUGACCCCGAUCGCAGCCGCUUUCGCAUGUCCUUUGACGGCUCGUCAUCUGCCGCCGCCGCCGCCGACCAUGACUUGAUGACCAGGCCCUCGCCCGUCACCGACCACGAACAUGGCCUGGGACUCUCUGGCCUGCGCCGCAUACGGCAGCAUCCGCCCUCGCGCAAUCCCACCAUGCCAAACUCCAACGCUUCGUCUCGCAGCCCUUCGGUCGUUACUCUCUCCCGCUCGACAUCGUUGAGUGCAAGUGUAACCGCGCCCGCGCCGCUCUCCUCCUUCUCCGCCGGUCCCGCAUCUCCCAGCUUCUCCGAAGACCUCUCCCGCUUCCCGACCGAGUCGCUACAUUCCUUCUCCUUUGCCCACCAGGCAGAAGACUUUCUCCACAACCGCCAAAAUGUUCUUAAACGCUCCAUUGAAUUCAUGAAGGACCGCAUGGGCAUGCCUCUCAGCGCCAACCAGGCUGGCUUGGCGAGUGCCCAGGCUAGGGUCACAGGCGACUUGGAGGCCCAGAAUAUGCUGGAAAUGCUUGCCAAGGCCCAAAUCAUUGGGGCCAGCAACCUGCCCAACCCAGAUGGCUCAUUCACGGUGCCUCCGCUGACGGGGCCUCCGGACAUGUCUGGUGAGAACAUCUUCGAAAAGCAUUUCAUCACCGAAGAGCCUGCCACCAUCGACGAAGAGCCCGACCAGCUUCCCACGUCACCCAAGUCGAUACGUUCAACACCAAAGGAGGGGGUUCAGGAUGAUUCGCAAAAGUCGAGUAGAACGCCCACAGAUGAGAGCAAGAUGACAGCUACCACGUCACCACCCGCCUCGCGGCCAACAAGCUUAAAGCGCACCAUGACGGAUACCCUCUCAAUAGCCCUCAAAGACAAGCUUCUAGAUACCAUGGCUCAGCCAUUCAUGGCUGGCCCGGCAUUGCAUGAAGAGCCUAGUCUUUCGCCAGUCCUCACCCAGCAAACCUUGCCGUCUCAGAACUUUCCAGCAGCCCUCAACCCUGCUGCCCUUAAUCCGGCCGUACAUGGACAUACAAACAGAUGGGUUCCCGCCGCCCAAGCUAUUUUCACCACUGAGGCCAAACCUCCUUGGACAAUUCUCGCCGCAAACGACCUUGCUUGCUUGGUAUUCGGUGUUACCAGAGCUGAAGUCCGCAAGAUGGGUAUUUUGGAGGUUGUACAAGAAGAGAGACGAGCCUGGCUUGAACGAAAGCUUCUCAAUAAGGACGAUGGCGAUGAUAUGCAAGAUACCACUUCCGAGAUGUCGCCUGCCAGCUCAGCCGCAACUGUGCUUCUUGGCGGGCGUUCUGGAAUUACUGCACAAUUGUUGAGCAAGCCCAACUCGAGAUCCCAGACACCACAGCCUCCACGGAGAGCUCAAACCGUUCACAGUGGCGACAUGGAGCCGGUCAAGGCCCGUGGCAACGAUAACCAUCGUAGCUCUGGUUCGCGGGGAGUCUUACUCUGUGGUGACGUCGUUCCCAUCCGAAAACGCAAUGGACUGACAGGUUCUGCCAGUUUGUGGGUCAAGGAAAAGCGCGUGGGCUUGAUCUGGGUCCUUGAAGAGAUUCACGAGGACGUCGCCAAUAUUGAGCUCGACGAAGAGGGCGUUGUAAAAACUGUGGUUGGCGCCACGGAAACCAUAUGGGGAUUCAAGUCUGUCAAGCCAGGCAUUGAUAUUGCGAGCCUCAUCCCAAGAAUCCCCCGCCAAGGCUUCGAUCCCACUCAGGGCGAGAUUGAUUUUGCCCAGACACGGAAAAGACGCUACUUUACCUGCCCCAACUACCGAAAGGUCAAUAUCCCUUGCACUGUCGAACAGAUGCAAGGCAAGCUUGAGCUUAGGGUUUCCACUUUCCCGCACAUGGCUGGCAUUAUAGUCGUCGACCCGACCAACUUUAAAAUUCGCAGUUCCAACUCCGCCUUUAGUGGCGCACUUUUUGGCUUUGAAAAGCCUGCGGGCACAGAUAUAAAUGCCCUGAUCCCGGGCUUUGACAAGAUUGUCGAAACCCUUACUGAAGAAGACGGCCUACAACUACUUGACGGCACGGUCAUUCCAGAGCAUCGCUUCAGAAGAGCCGCUGCCUUUACCGCAAUCAAAGAACAUAGACCCAACGCCGCUGCAUCAUUCCUGCAACCGAACGGAUUGGCUGCAAAGCAUCGUGAUGGCUCAGAUCUCAACAUUGACGUACAAAUGCGCGUUGUUGAGAGUGAGAAGCAAAUUGACGUUUCGCAAGAUAGCAUCGAAGAGGCUGUUGACGACGACAAAACCGACGUCUCCUCAACGCAACCACAGACUGAAUUGGUUUUUGCUCUGUGGAUCACUUAUUCCAGACACAUUCACGCAUUUGCCAACACACUAGACCCGGCCAAGCGUAUUCCUUCCGGUCCGCCAACGCCACUGCAUCAGCCAUCGCCCGGUCAAACACCUGUCCACUCACCCAUGGUAUUAUCCGACACUGAAGCCGACGAGCCAAUAUUACCUUCCGCUUCACCCUCCAACACGUCACCAUCCGGCAUGUCCAAGUUUAAGGACGCAGCUCUACAUGCCGCGGCAAGGCUCACAGGGCGCGCCCGAUCACCGCCCAAGGCAGCCGCCGCGAUGCCAGUCGUGACCAUGCCUGAGGGAGAGGCACGCAAGGCAACCAUAGAGGACUACACCAUCUUGGAAGAAAUGGGCCAAGGCGCCUAUGGUCAAGUGAAGCUUGCUAGGCACAAGCUGACUGGCAAAAAGAUGGUUCUCAAGUACGUCACGAAACGACGCAUUCUAGUUGACACGUGGACACGCGAUCGAAAGCUUGGCACUGUCCCGCUCGAAAUUCACGUCAUGGACUAUCUGCGGAAACCCGAGUUCCGACACCCCAACAUUGUCGAGAUGGAGGGCUUCUUUGAGGACGAAGUCAACUACUACAUUGCCAUGGUACCUCACGGACUACCGGGCAUGGAUCUGUUUGACUACAUCGAGCUGCGCUCCAACAUGGAGGAAGCCGAGUGCCGCAGCAUCUUUGUGCAGGUAGCACAAGCUAUUCACUUUUUGCAUACCAAGGCACUCGUCGUGCACCGCGAUAUCAAGGACGAAAACAUUAUCCUAGACGGCGAGGGCAACAUCAAGCUCAUUGAUUUUGGCAGCGCCGCCUACACCAAGAGCGGACCAUUUGAUGUAUUUGUCGGCACCAUUGACUACGCUGCCCCCGAAGUCCUGGCUGGGAAGCCCUAUGGCGGCAAACCGCAAGACGUGUGGGCGCUGGGCAUCCUCCUGUAUACCAUCAUCUACAAGGAGAAUCCCUUUUAUAGCAUCGACGAGAUUAUGGACCACGACCUGCGCGUGCCCUUUACCAUGAGCCCCGAGAGCAUCGACCUCAUCCGGUGCAUGCUCGACCGCGACUUGGCCCAGCGCGCCGACAUUUCGCAGGUGCUGGAGCAUCCCUGGUGCAAGGGCGGCGCCACCGCAACGAAGUAA